AUGCGUGUCCUAUCGCUACUCCCACAGGCUGUUCUACUCCUGUCAGCUGCUCAAUCCGGCUGGGCAGUAUCGUCCUGGUCGUUCACAGAUGCCUCAGUUAAUGUGGCAGGCAAAGGCGCAGGAGUAGGCGGCGGGUUCAAAGAGAAGUUGACACCCUCAAAACCACUGCCGUCUUCCAGCCCAGUGAAACUAGGAGCAGGAGAUACUCUCAAGGUCAUCCUCACUACGCAAGAAGGGAAAUCAGCCAAACGGGCGCAUCAAGCCUUCCUACUCCUCCAAGACCCCGUCACCAACCUCGACAUCUCAUAUCCCUUCAGUGUCAAAGACUCGGGCAAAGCCAAGGUAGACCUGACUCAGAAAGACUUGCCCGCUCAAUUACUGCGAAGCUCUUCGCCCCUGUCCGCAAGCAUAGUCAUUGCGUCCUUUGGUGCCUCAACAGGCUACAACAGUCUUGCCUUCUCGCUGUCUAUCGAACUCGACCCCAACGUGGCACUUCCCGCGGCCGAGAAGCCGUUAAGAUACGGAAAACUCCCCGAGAUACAUCACGUCUUCCGCGGCGAUCCCAAAAGCCCUAAUAUUGUCAUCAGCCUGUUCUUCGUGGGUGCCGUACUGGCCACUGUGCCCGCGUUGCUCGGAGCAUGGCUCUACCUUGGAGGCAACAUCAACCACGUGUCUAAGGCCCUCUCAGAUGCACCAGUAUCGCAUGCGCUGUUCGUGGGGUCGGUUAUUGGCAUCGAGGGCAUUUUCUUCCUUUACUACACAAGCUGGAACUUGUUCAAGACUCUCCCGGUCCUGGCGGCCGUCGGAUUGGUCGCGUUCCUGUCCGGAAGCCGGGCUCUCACUGAGGUCCAAGAGCGCCGUCUGGCUGGACUGAGAUGA